AUGACUGCUUCUCCGGGACACGCAGCUCCGCUGAGACCGAAGCCUGGACCAAAUGGUUCCAACACCUUGUAUCCAACCAUUCUGGCAACAGUCAUACUUUGCAGCAUCUUGACGACAGUCUUUACUGCUGCCCGUUUGAUCGCAAAGCGACUGACCUCGACUUACGGUCUUGAAGAUUAUAUGUUGAUGAUGGCAUGGGUAGCUAGCAUAGCUUUUGACUUUUGCCUCCUUGCAGCAGGGCUGGCUGGACUUGGCCAUCACGUCUGGUACCUCCAGAAACCCCACGCCUUCGUUUCAAGCAUCUGCCGGCUUGUCUACAGCACACAUAUCAUCUCCAGCCCCGACGUCUCCUACAUCAUCGCACAGACCGCACUGUGGGGGCUGGCAGAAAUCGCCACCAUCAUCCUCUGCACCUGCUUCCCCAUGAUGCCCCGUUUCGUGAAACUCAUCACCGACCGCUGCUCCAGUCCCAAAUCCUCUUCACCUUCGCGGAUACCAAAUGUCCGGAGACUGAAGAUCGUCAAGGUCGGCAAUGCUCAGACUUCAAUCGGCAUCAGCAGUGGAACUCCUCAGGAGGAAGAAGAUAUAGCGUGGCUCAAGAGUCCGUAUCAGCAUUUGGGCGAGGAAGGGAAUUAUAGGAGCGAGCGGGAGGACGCUGUGAGGGAUUUGGGAACGAUGAGGACGGUGGAUAUUGAGAUGCCAACGUGGGAUCAACUCAAUGCGAGAAGUAGGGUGGCAUCGAUGGUUUGA